CUUCACUCGGCUUCUAACUUGUUUUUACUCAUUAAUCGAAUGGUAAAACAAUCUAAAUAUCAUGUUACAUUCGUUUCAUCAGUCUUAAAGUAGUCUGCCAGCAGUAGGUAAGCUGAUCGAUCGUUUCAAGUUGUGUUAUACAAGCGUUAGAACAGCGACAAAAGUAAAAAAAAAAAUUGUUUUUCAUAGUAGUAAUUAUUCGUGCAGUAUAAAAUUUUUCAUUAACAUUAGUGAUUUUAUAGCUUAGAUUCUGGAUACCUAAAAAUGACAAUGGAUGUACACAAUUUCAACGAUACGUGUUUAAAUUCAAGCAAUGGCGUAUUAGGCAUGCUCGUAACACAAUUAAUAGCCACGCUUUUGAAUGCUCCGUGCGAUAUCUCAACUGUUUAUCCAAAAUCCAUCGAUACCGAGGCAGCUCGAGAAAACGAAAUCGAAUUUGAUUUUAUCAUUGUUGGUGCUGGCUCAUCUGGUUCAGUGAUAGCCAACAGAUUGAGUGAAAUUUCAAAAUGGAAUAUCUUACUUAUAGAAGCCGGUGAUGAUCCACCUCUAGAAUCUGACAUACCUGGAUUGCUACCUUUUGUACUGAAUCCUCGUACGAGCUGGGAAUAUGAUUCAGUGAAAGGCACAGGAUUUUGUGAAGGUUCGUUAAAUGGAAAAUGUUACUGUCCACGUGGAAAAAGUUUGGGAGGAUCGAGUGCAAUAAACUUCAUGUUAUAUACCAGAGCAAGUACAAAGGAUUACGAUAGGUGGGAAGCACUUGGUAACCAUAAAUGGAAUUUCAAAAGCUUGUUACCUCAUUUUAAGAAAUUAGAAAACCUAAACGUGGAAAAUUUGAGAAACGAUUUUCAUGGCAGCAAUGGUUACUUGAACGUGGAGCAUUUUACCGAUACAAUUCGUAAGCCAGUUAAAUUGUUGCAAGAGUCUUUAGUUCGUGCUGCUCUAGAAUUAGGAUUUCCUUCGGUAGAAGAUAUCAGUAUUAAUGUAACUCGAGGAAUCGGUAAAGUCUUAGCAACAAUAAAAAAUGGCGUGCGACAGAACGUUGCAAAGGCAUAUCUUUCACCUAUCCGAGAUCGAAAAAAUUUAUUCGUUUUAAAAAGAGCGCACGUGAGUAAAAUACUUAUUGAUUCUGAAAAAAAAGCUUACGGAGUAACCGUUUUCAAAGAUAACAUUAGCACCGAUUUUUUCGUUAAAAAAGAGAUUAUACUUUCGGCAGGAGCAAUAAAUUCUCCUCAAUUAUUGAUGUUAUCAGGAAUCGGACCGAAAGAGCAUCUAAAUGAGCUCCACAUUAAGACUAUAAAAGACCUCAAAGUAGGCUUCAACCUACAAGAUCAUGUACUUUUCACUGGUUUGAUGUUUUCACACAAUGUCAAUUAUCAAAUGCCGAAUGAACAAUUACAAAUAAUGGAUGAUUUAUAUCAUUACUUCACUAGACGAACAGAACUUGGUUCAUUGGGUGGUAUUAAUUCAGUUUUAUAUGAAGACACUACAGGUGAUCAACAAGAUUACCCUGAUGUUCAAGCUUACUUCUUGAAAAUUCCCGCCAAAUCAUCGCAGUUGAUGACUAUUUUUAACGCAUUUCAUAUGAAACCAGAAAUAAUAGAUUCAGCGAUGCAAAUUCCAGGAGAUUAUAUUAUAAUACCCGGUAUUACUGUAUUAAGACCAAAAAGUAAGGGACGUGUGUACUUGAAGAAUAACAAUUCCUUCGAACCACCUGUUAUUGAUUUAUCAUAUUUCUCCCAAAAGGCUGACAAAGAAACACUGCUAGAAGGAAUAAGGAGGAUCAAAAAACUUGGCGAUACUGCUGUGUUUCGUGAGCAAAACAUCACUGUUAUUAAAUUAAAUAUAACCGAAUGCGCACCACUGGAUGGUAUUUCUUACUGGGAAUGCAUGAUAAAAUAUAUGACGACCACCAUGUAUCACGUAUGUGGUACUUGCAAAAUGGGACCAGUAACUGAUACUGAAUCAGUGGUCGAUUCGCAUCUCAGAGUGCAUGGAAUUAAGAGACUUCGUGUUGCUGAUGCUUCCAUUAUGCCAAAUAUAGUUAGCAGCAAUACAAAUAUUCCGUGCGUGAUGAUUGGAGAAAAAGCUUCUGAUAUGAUAAAAGAAGAAUGGUUAAAUAUAGAGAAGAACGAAUCGAUAAGAGAUGAAUUGUGAGACUUUUAUACAUUUUGAUAAAGUUGAAAAUGUUGUAUUUACCUAAAUAAAUAAUUUUUCUAAGGUAAA